AUGAAAACCGUUGAGAGUGACCCUUCUACCACGUCCGCUGUCGCAAAGCUGCGGCUCCCACACCCAUAUUUGACGACAUAUUACGCAGUCCCUGCUAAGCAGAACGACCAGACUCUAAAAAUACAGAUCAGUGGUACCUACAAUGGACCACACAAAGAACUACACAGGGACGAUCUAAGCUAUCUUUCGUUGCAAGAGCCGGCCAGUACUGCAGAAGAUUCCAACAACUCUAUAUGGGCAAGAGCAAGGAGGUCAUAUACUACCACAGUCUCCUGGAAGGGUACGCCGCCGACACUUUCGCAGCUAUGGCUCAUUGUAUACAUGAUCUUUACCCAGUCGCCCGACCAUGAGUAUUUCCGACUGAGCCUAAACGGUGAUUCGAAAGACGAAGUUACGAAGCACCUAAAACAGUCAACACUUGCAAUAGAUCACCCACGACCCUCCAGAGAAGCAGACAAGCACUCGAAAGAGGGACAUGAUGAACUGUUGGUCCUACGGAGCACCUUUUGGCAAGGUGCUGCUUCUCCAUUCGGUCAACGAUCAGUCUGGAUUCCUGAAGGAGGUGGUUCAGCCAAUGUCACCACCGUCGACUACACAAUGACCACGAAGAUGCCCGAAUUCAACCAAGUACACGCCUGGCAUCCUCGUCGCGCUACGAAGCCGGCUCCAGGCGCUGUAAUCUACAGUCGGUACAUCCCGACUCUGGAUGAGCACUUCUCUAUGCAGGCACUUGACUAUGAGAAUCCAGAACACCUGAACCUCUUUCACACCUGGCAAAAUGACCCAAGAGUAGCAGCAGGCUGGAACGAGACAGGCGAUCUGACUCAUCACAAAAAUUACCUGCGCAAUCUACACGAAGACCCUCAUGUGCUCACUGUACUAGCAUAUUGGGACGACACACCAUUCGCAUACUUCGAAAUCUACUGGGCCGCCGAAGACCACCUAGGAGCUCACUACCAAGCAGAUGGCUUCGAUCGAGGUCGACACGCCCUCGUCGGUAACCCCAAUUUCCGUGGUCGACAUCGUGUCACCGCAUGGUGGUCUGCAACCAUGCACUACAUCUUCCUUGACGACCCACGCACCAUGAGAGUCGUCGGUGAACCAAAGUAUGUCAACACGAGCGUCCUUGCGUACGACCUGAUGCAUGGGUUCGGAGUGCAAAAGUUUGUAGACCUGGGACACAAGAGAAGCGCUUUGAUGAUCUGUCCUAGAGAAAGGUAUUUUCAAUUGGGUAUGGACGGUACGCAGGAAGGAGUGGUGGGAGGGACGAGAGUUGCAGUUGGCAUUCCGAAAUUGUAA